AUGUCACGUCGUUUUCAAGUGAAUUUUCCCGUGAACAAAGGGAAUAAAGAUCCAACUGCUCCAGUUAAGAAGACGACGAUCAUGAUGAAGGGAGACAGGAUCAGAGUAGGUGAAGAAUGUCGGGGCGAUCGGAAUGAUUGGUCGGCCGGUGAUAUUGCCAAUACGAGUAGCUGCCUCUGCCACCGCGAGAAUCUCAUUAUCCAUCGUCGUCCCCGAUCGGUGAUGCAUCGUUUUCAUCCACAAAAGAGAUACAGUGUUUUGCAGAAGGCAGCGAAUAAGGACGAUAUGAUUCUAAUAGUUGUUGCCAUACAUGCUUCAGAAAUUUGUACCCACUGCAUUAAGCUACUUGUACAAUUGAAAAGCACGCUUUAUAACUGA